CCGAUCACAACCCUGCUCCUACGAUUUUAAGAGGCAUCGCCUAAAUCCCUACUCGAUUUUUGGCGGGAUUUCUCUCCUCUUUCCCCCCAAAUUCUCCUCUUCUCUCUCUUCUCUCUGUCUCCCCCAAGAAUCAACCUUCAUCUCUUUAAUCCCCAAUGUCAGAUUCUAGGGUUUACACCGAGCCUCGUCGGAAUCCAUCGGCGUCAGGAGCUGGAAUCAUAUCGAGGAUCCGACUCGAGAAUUUUAUGUGCCAUAGCAGCCUCCACAUCGAGUUCGACGACUGGGUUAACUUCAUCACUGGACAGAACGGGAGUGGCAAGAGCGCAAUAUUGACUGCGCUUUGCGUUGCGUUUGGUUGUCGGGCUAGAGGAACGCAAAGGGCAGCUACUCUCAAGGAUUUCAUCAAAACUGGCUGCAGUUAUUCUUCAGUUACUGUGGAAAUCAAAAAUCAAGGUGAAGAUGCUUUCAAGCAUGAGACAUAUGGUGAUUUAAUAAUUAUAGAACGCAGGAUUACAGAGUCAACUAAUUCCAUUGUUUUAAAGGACAGACAAGGAAGAAAGGUUUCUCAACGGAGAGAUGAACUUCGUGAGCUUGUGGAACAUUUCAAUAUUGAUGUUGAAAAUCCAUGUGUGAUUAUGACUCAGGAUAAGAGCAGAGAAUUUUUACAUUCUGGAAAUGAUAAAGAUAAAUUUAAGUUCUUUUUCAAGGCUACCCUUCUCCAACAAGUUAGUGAGCUACUUCAAAGUAUCAGAAAUCAGCUGGAUGCUGCAGACGCAAUUGUGGAUGAACUUGAAUCAUCAAUAAGGCCUAUAACUAAGGAACUAAAUGAACUGCGUGAGAAGAUAAAGAACAUGGAACAUGUUGAAGAAAUUUCUCUUGAAUUGCAAAAUUUGAAGAAAAAACUGGCCUGGUCAUGGGUAUACUGUGUUGAUGGGCAAAUCCAAGAACAGAAGACUAGGAUAGAAAAGCUGAAAGAGCGUGUUCCCACUUGUCAAGCCAGAAUUGACAAAUACUUGGUCAAGGUUGGAGACUUAAAAGGAGUACUUCUUAGUAAGAAAACUCAUAUAAAAUCUUUGAUGGAAAAGACAUCUGAAGUGAGAAGGAUGAAGGAUGACUUGCAGCAGAACCUAUCCGUGGCGACAAAAGAGAGACUUGAACUUGAGGAAGACCAUGUCCGUGGAAUCAACCUACUUAAGAAGAUGAAGAAUCGUGUUAGAUUACUUGAGCAGCAAAUUCAUGGCAUUCAGGAGCAACAUAUCAAAGAAACACAGGCUGAGGAAUAUGAAAUUGAGGAACGAAUAAAGAAACUUGAGGAUGAGAUCAAUGAAGCUGACAAAAGUGUCAGAAGGCUGCAGGAGGAGGAAAAUGCAAUAUCAGAAAGCUUAGCAGCUGCAAGAAAUGCUAUAAGAGAUAUUGAUAAAGAGAUUGAUGAAUGUGAAAGGAAGCAUCGGGAUCUACAUUCAUACAGUUGUGAGCUUCAACAACGGCAAACUAACAAGGUCACGGCAUUUGGAGGUGAAAAGGUACUCUACCUCUUACAAAUUAUUGAGAGACAUCACCGAAAAUUUAAGAGCCCACCCAUUGGCCCAAUUGGAGCUCACGUGACACUGGUCAACGGCGACAGCUGGGCACUAGCAGUUGAUUGCGCUAUUGGAAGAUUGUUAGAUGCCUUUAUCGUUACUAAUCAUAAAGAUUCUCUUGCUUUACGAGCUUGUGCAAGAGAAGCACGUUACCAGAAUCUUCAAAUCAUUAUUUAUGAUUUUUCAAUGCCACGGUUGAGUAUUCCUAGUCAUGAUUUACCAUCGACUAAUCAUCCAACAACUCUUUCUGUUAUACAUACUGAGAACCCUACUGUCAUGAAUGUUUUGGUCGAUAUGGGUAAUGCGGAGAGACAAGUUCUUGUCAAAGACUAUGAAAUGGGCAAAGCUGUUGCCUUUGAACAAAGAAUUCGAAACUUGAAGGAGGUUUACACCUCUGAUGGAUAUAGAAUGUUUUGUCGUGGCUCUGUGCAAACGACUCUUCCUCCAAAUAAGAGGGCGAGGGCUGGCCGCUUAUGUGGCUCAAUAGAUGAUCAAAUUUCUGAUAUUAGGAAGGAAAUCUACAAGGUACAAGAAUUUAUUCAAGAAGGUAGAGGGAGGAAACGAGAUGCUCAGGAAGCACUUCAAAAUCUUGAAGGCAGAGCACAGAGUCUCAAGAGGCAAAGAAUACAUGAAGAAAGGCCUAUGAUGUCGAAGAAACUUGCUUUAAGGGAUAUGCAGAAUGCUUAUGCCGCUGAAAGACACAUUGAUCAGACAGCUAAUGUUGAGGAGCUUUAUGAAGAAAUCUCGCAAAUACAAGAUGAUAUACAAGGGAAGGAAUUGUUACUUGAGAAAAUACAUGUUAGGAAAACCUUGGCAGAAGAGAAAGCCAAUGAUCUAAAGAAGUCUUUUGAGAGCUUAUGUGAUUCGGCAAAAGGAGAAAUUGAUGCCAUUGAAGGAGCAGAGCAUGAGUUGUUAGUGACUGAAGAAGAACUCCGUGCCGCAGAAGCAGAGAGGGUCCAUUAUGAAGGUGUAAUGAAUAAUAAGGUUCUGCCUGACAUUAAAGCAGCAGAGGAACAUUACGAGGAACUACAUCGUAACCGUCAGGAGAACUUUGAUAAGGCUUCAAUUAUCUGUCCUGAGUGCGAGGUGGAGGCUUUAGGGGGUUGUGCUAGUAAUACUCCAGAGCAUUUUAGUGCCAAGAUAAACAGAUUGAAACAGAGGCUUCAGCGUGAAAACAUGAGAUAUGACGAAUCCAUUGACGAUCUCAGAGUCAUGUAUGAGAAAAAGGAGCGUAAAAUUUUAAAAAGACAACAAAUGUAUUCAGCUUUCCGUAACAAGUUAAUUGCAUGCCAGGAGGCACUUGAUUUGCGGUGGAGCAAGUUUCAGAGGAAUGCUUCUCUUUUAAAGCGGCAAUUAACUUGGCAGUUUAAUGGACACUUGAAGAAGAAAGGUAUGAGCGGCCACAUUAAGGUGGAUUAUGAAAAGAUGGUCCUCUCUAUAGAGGUAAAGAUGCCUCAAGAUGCUUCUGGAAACACUGUUCGAGAUACAAGAGGCCUUUCAGGUGGAGAGCGCUCUUUUUCCACCCUUUGCUUUGCAUUGGCUCUUCAUGAAAUGACAGAGGCACCUUUCCGAGCAAUGGAUGAGUUUGAUGUUUUCAUGGAUGCAGUGAGCCGAAAGAUUAGCUUAGAUACACUUAUUGAUUUUGCAGUGGAACAAGGGUCUCAGUGGAUAUUUAUCACUCCCCAUGACAUUAGCAUGGUGAAGGCUGGGCAGAAGGUCCGGAAGCAGCAGAUGGCGGCACCCCGUUCAUAAUUAACAGGAGAUUAAUUUGUACUGUAUAGUAUUUAUAUGUGAGUCGGGGGCUUUAUUAUUUUGGGUGAAAGUGGGAAAACCCGCUUCUUCAUUGAGGAAAUUCCUCCUGUAUUUAUAAGGGUCCCCUUGUUGGCUUACAGUUUUGAGAUUGGACCAAGCCUUGUAAAUCAACUGGAGCAAACACUUUUUGGUUCACCUGUGUAACGCUAUUUUUCUGCAGCUAAUCGGUGAAAUGUAAUUGUAAGCCUCAGACACGCUAUCUGUCUACUUGUAUUGAAUUAUCAGCAAGGAGGGUCCUGGAUUAGGUAGAAUAAAUAGCGAUCAACGUUCAUAAUAAAUCGGGUUGGAUCCUCAAUUCGUACUAAUAUUUACCUUGAUGGGAA